AAGAGGAGGAGGAGGAUUGGUGGAUUUGGGGACUCUUUGCUCCUGCGCUGUUUUCUCUCAGAGCAGUCUGUCUGUCCGUCCUUCACUCCGAGCGCGACGCCACUGCGCUUCUAUCGGCCUUCAGGUUUUGGACCAACCAGUCCGAGCCGCUCUGAGUGCGUGCGAGGGUGUGUUUGAAGGUACCAUCUCUAACAGCAGCAGGUGGAAGGACUCAGAGGUGGGGGAGGGGGAGGAGUCGCAUCGAGGUCAAGAUGACGUCGGUAGCGGCGGAGUACGAACACAUGGAGAUCCAGCAGCAGUACAGCGAUGGUGUCAACAACCGCUGGGAUGCCGACGACUGGGACAACGAGAACAGCUCGGCCCGCCUGUUUGAGCGCUCACGCAUCAAAGCCCUGGCAGAUGAGCGUGAGGCAGUGCAGAAGAAGACCUUUACUAAGUGGGUGAACUCCCACCUGUCCAGAGUUUCCUGUCGAAUCACCGACCUCUACAUGGACCUGAGGGAUGGACGCAUGCUCAUCAAGCUGCUGGAGGUCCUGUCCGGGGAGAGACUGCCCAAACCCACCAAGGGCCGGAUGCGGAUCCAUUGUCUGGAGAAUGUGGACAAGGCCCUGCAGUUCCUGAAGGAGCAGAGGGUUCACCUGGAGAACAUGGGCUCCCACGACAUCGUAGAUGGGAACCACCGCCUCACCCUGGGCCUCAUCUGGACCAUCAUCCUCCGCUUCCAGAUCCAGGACAUCAGUGUGGAGACGGAGGACAACAAGGAGAAGAAGUCGGCUAAAGAUGCUCUGCUGCUCUGGUGUCAGAUGAAGACUGCAGGAUAUCCAAACGUCAACAUCCACAACUUCACCACCAGCUGGAGAGACGGGAUGGCCUUCAACGCUCUGAUCCACAAACACAGACCGGACCUGAUCGACUUUGACAAGCUGAAGAAAUCAAACGCUCACUACAACCUGCAGAAUGCCUUCAACCUGGCCGAGCAGCACCUGGGACUCACCAAGCUGCUGGACCCCGAGGACAUUAGUGUGGACCACCCUGACGAGAAGUCCAUCAUCACCUACGUGGUGACCUACUACCACUACUUCUCCAAGAUGAAGGCACUCAAGGUGGAGGGGAAGAGAAUCGGCAAGGUUCUGGACAAUGCCAUCGAGACAGAGAAGAUGAUCGAGAAGUACGAGUCUCUGGCAUCAGACCUGCUUGAGUGGAUCGAACAGACCAUCAUCAUUCUCAACAACAGGAAGUUUGCCAACUCUCUGGUGGGAGUUCAGCAGCAGCUGCAGGCCUUCAACACCUACCGCACCGUGGAGAAACCGCCAAAGUUCACAGAGAAGGGAAACCUGGAGGUGCUUCUAUUCACCAUUCAGAGUAAGAUGAGGGCCAACAACCAGAAAGUCUACACUCCUCGCGAGGGCAAACUCAUUUCUGACAUCAACAAGGCGUGGGAGCGUCUGGAGAAGGCGGAGCACGAGCGGGAGCUGGCUUUGAGGACGGAGCUGAUUCGUCAGGAGAAACUGGAGCAGCUCGCCCGCCGCUUUGACCGCAAAGCCGCCAUGAGGGAGACCUGGCUGAGCGAGAACCAGAGGCUGGUCUCCCAGGAUAACUUUGGAUUUGACCUCCAGGCUGUUGAAGCUGCUACUAAGAAGCACGAAGCCAUAGAAACAGACAUCGCAGCCUAUGAGGAGCGAGUUCAGGCAGUGGUUGCCGUGGCGAAGGAGCUGGAGGCAGAGAGUUACCAUGACAUCAAACGCAUCACAGCCAGGAAGGACAAUGUGAUCCGGCUGUGGGAGUACCUGUUGGAGCUUCUGAAGGCCCGCAGGCAGAGACUGGAGUUGAACCUGGGUCUGCAGAGAGUCUUCCAGGAGAUGCUCUACAUCAUGGACUGGAUGGACGAGAUGAAGAUGCUGCUGCUCUCUCAGGAUUAUGGGAAACACCUGCUGGGCGUGGAGGACCUGCUGCAGAAACACACCCUAGUGGAGGCCGACAUCGGCAUCCAGGCCGACCGAGUCCGAAACGUCAACAGCAAUGCUCAGAAGUUCGCCACAGACACCGAGGGCUAUAAGCCCUGUGAUCCUCAGAUCAUCAGGGAUCGCGUCGCUCACCUGGAGUUCUGUUACCAGGAGCUGAGCCAGCUAGCGGCCGAGCGGCGAGCUCGCCUCGAGGAGUCCCGUCGCCUCUGGAAGUUCUUCUGGGAAAUGGCAGAAGAGGAGGGAUGGAUCAGAGAGAAGGAGCAGGUCCUGUCCUCCGAGGAUUAUGGGAAGGAUCUGACAGGAGCGUUGCGACUGCUGAGUCAGCACAAAGCCUUCGAAGACGAGAUGAGCGGGCGAGCCGCCCACCUGCAGCAGACCAUCAAACAGGGUGAAGAGCUGGUGGCUGACAACCACUUUGGAGCCGACAAGAUUAAAGAGCGGAUCCGAGACGUCCAGGAGCAGUGGGCGGCGCUGGAGCGUCUUUCCGCUGUCCGCAAAGCUCGUCUGCAGGAGGCCUGCAACCAGCACCAGUUCCAGGCCGAUGCCAACGACAUCGAUACGUGGAUGCUGGACGUGCUGCGAAUUGUCUCCAGCGUUGACGUCGGCCACGACGAGUUCUCAGCUCAGACUCUGGUGAAGAAACACAAGGACGUGGCUGAGGAGAUCGCCAGCUACCGGCCCGUCAUCGACGCCCUGCACGAACAGUCGCAAACGCUGCCGCCCGAGAAAGCUGACUCUGAGGAGGUCCAGAGCCGGCUGGCGGGCAUUGAGGAGCGCUACAAGGAGGUGGCGGAGCUGACGCGGCUCAGGAAGCAGGCUCUGCAGGAUGCUCUGGCGCUCUACAAGAUGCUGAGCGAAGCCAACGCCUGCGAGGUGUGGAUCGACGAGAAGGAGCAGUGGCUCAACAGCAUGGAGAUCCCGGAGAAACUGGAGGACCUGGAGGUGGUCCAGCACCGGUUUGAGAGUCUGGAGCCGGAGAUGAACAACCAGGCGUCGCGGGUGGCUGUGGUGAACCAGGUCGCCAGACAGCUGGUCCACAGCGGACAUCCCAGCGAGAAGGAGAUCAAAGCCCAGCAGGACAAACUGAACACCAGGUGGAGUCAGUUCAGAGACCUGGCGGACCAGAAGAAGGACAGUCUGAACUCAGCUCUGGGUGUCCAGAACUACCACCUGGAGUGCAACGAGACCAAGUCCUGGAUCAAAGAGAAGACCAAGGUGAUUGAGUCGACUCAGGAGCUGGGGAACGACCUGGCCGGCGUCAUGGCUCUCCAGAGGAAGCUGACAGGGAUGGAGCGAGACCUGGCCGCCAUCGAAACCAAGCUGGGCGACCUGGGCAAAGAGGCGGACCAUCUGGCCUCCGAGCACCCAGAGCAGUCCGAGGCCAUAAAAGGGCGUCUGGCUGAGAUCACCGGCGUCUGGGGCGAGUUGAAGGACACCAUGAAAAACCGAGAGGAGUCCCUGGGCGAGGCCAGCAAACUGCAGCAGUUCCUGCGCGACCUGGAUGACUUCCAGUCGUGGCUGUCGCGCACUCAGACGGCCAUCGCCUCCGAGGACAUGCCCAACACGCUGACAGAGGCUGAGAAGCUGCUGGCGCAGCACGAGGGCAUCAAGAACGAGAUCCGAAACUACGAGGAGGACUACCAGAAGAUGCGGGACAUGGGCGAGAUGGUGACGCAGGGCCAGACAGAUGCGCAGUACAUGUUCCUGCGACAGAGGCUGCAGGCACUCGACACCGGCUGGAAUGAGCUGCACAAGAUGUGGGAGAACCGACAGAACCUGCUGUCCCAGUCCCACGCUUACCAGCUGUUCCUCAGGGACACCAAGCAAGCCGAGGCCUUCCUCAACAACCAGGAAUAUGUCCUGGCUCACACUGAGAUGCCCACCACUCUGGAGGGAGCUGAGGCUGCCAUCAAGAAGCAGGAGGACUCCAUGACCACUAUGGACGCCAACGACGAGAAGAUCAGCAGUGUGGUUGACACCGGCCGUCGCCUGGUGACCGACGGCAACAUCAGCGCUGAGCGGAUCCAGGAGAAGGUGGACUCCAUCGACCAGAGACACAAGAAGAACCGAGCAGCCGCCAGUGACCUGCUGAUGAGGCUGAAGGACAACAGAGACCUGCAGAAGUUCCUGCAGGACUGCCAGGAGCUGACCCUGUGGGUCAAUGAGAAGAUGCUGACGGCUCAGGACAUGUCGUACGACGAGGCCAGGAACCUCCACAGCAAGUGGCUCAAGCACCAGGCCUUCAUGGCCGAGCUGCAGUCCAACAAGGAGUGGCUGGACAAGAUCAACAAGGACGGGCAGGCACUGAUGGCAGAGAAGCCAGAGACUGAGGCCAUGGUGAAAGAGAAGCUGGCGUCCCUGAAGACAAUGUGGGAGGAGCUGGAGUCGACCACCCAGACGAAGGCCAAGUGUCUGUUUGACGCCAACAAGGCCGAGCUGUUCACACAGAGCUGCUCCGACCUGGACAAGUGGCUGGGCAGCCUAGAGGGCCAGCUGCAGUCCGACGACUACGGCAAAGACCUCACCUCCGUCAACAUCCUGCUCAAGAAGCAGCAGAUCCUGGAGAGCCAGGUGGAGGUGCGUCAGAAGGAGGUGGAGGAGCUGCAGAGCCAGUCGCAGGCCCUCAGCCAGGAGGGGAAAGGCUCCGAGGAGGUGGACGGGCAGAGGGUCAGCGUGGAGAGGAAGUUCCAGUUCCUCCAGGCGCCACUGAAGAAGAGACGAGACAACCUCAUGGCCUCUCGUGAGAUUCACCAGUUCAACAGGGAUGUGGAGGAUGAGAUUCUGUGGGUGGAGGAGAGGAUGCCUGUAGCUAUGUCAACUGACCACGGACACAACCUGCAGACGGUGCAGCUGCUCAUCAAGAAGAACCAGACAUUGCAGAAGGAGAUCCAGGGCCAUCAGCCUCGCUACGACGACAUCUUUGAGCGCAGCCAGCACAUCCUGCGGGAGGACAGCCCGACGGCCGAGCUGAUUCGCCAGCGGCUCGCUGAGCUUCAGACUCUGUGGGAGCAGAUCAGGAAGGAGACAGAGAAGCGUCACGCCCGGCUCAGCGAGGCCCACGAGGCCCAGCAGUACUACUUUGAUGCCGCCGAGGCCGAGGCCUGGAUGAGCGAGCAGGAGCUGUACAUGAUGUCAGAGGAGAAGGCCAAGGACGAGCAGAGUUCAGUGGCCAUGCUGAAGAAGCACCAGAUCCUGGAGCAGGCGGUGGAGGAUUACGCCGACACCGUCCACCAGCUGUCCAGCACCAGCCGGGGCCUGGUGGCUGCUGGACACUCUGACAGUGAGCGUAUUGGGAUGCGUCAGUCUCAGGUGGAUAAGUUGUACGCCGGGCUAAAGGAUUUGGCAGAGGAACGCCGGGGCAAGCUCGACGAGCGUUUCCGUCUUUUCCAGCUCAACCGAGAGGUGGACGACCUGGAGCAGUGGAUCGCUGAGAGGGAGGUGGUGGCCGGAUCCCACGAGCUGGGCCAGGACUACGAGCACGUCACCAUGCUGCAGGAGCGUUUCAGAGAGUUCGCCCGGGACACUGGGAACAUCGGCCAGGAGCGCGUGGACACCGUCAACCGCCUGGCAGAUGAGCUGAUCAACGCCGGCCACACCGAUGCUGCCACCAUCGCAGAGUGGAAGGACGGCCUGAAUGAGGCCUGGGCUGACCUGCUGGAGCUCAUUGACACCCGAACCCAGAUCCUCGCCGCCUCCUUUGAGCUCCACAAGUUCUACCACGACGCCAAGGAGAUCCUCAACCGCAUCCUGGACAAACACAAGAAGCUUCCAGAGGAACUGGGCCGAGACCAGAACACAGUGGAGACCUUGCAGAGGAUGCACACCACCUUCGAGCAUGACAUUCAGGCUCUGGGAACACAGGUGCGGCAGCUGCAGGACGAUGCAGUUCGCCUGCAGUCAGCUUACGCCGGAGAUAAAGCAGACGACAUUCAGAAGAGAGAAGGAGAGAAGAGAAAGGCAGAGGUCCUGGAGGCUUGGAAGAACCUGCUGGAGGCAGUGGAGGGCCGGCGGGUGAAGCUGGUCGACACUGGAGACAAGUUUCGCUUCUUCAGCAUGGUGCGCGACCUGAUGCUGUGGAUGGAGGAUGUCAUCCGCCUGAUCGAGGCCCAGGAGAAGCCCAGGGACGUGUCGUCAGUGGAGUUGCUGAUGAACAACCACCAGGGCAUCAAGGCGGAGAUCGACGCCCGCAACGACAGCUUCACCACCUGCAUCGAGCUGGGCAAAGCCCUGCUGGCCAGGAAGCACUACGCCUCAGAGGAGAUUAAAGAAAAGUUAUUACAGUUGACGGACAAGAGGAAAGACAUGAUUGACAAGUGGGAGGACAGAUGGGAGUGGCUUAGACUGGUCCUGGAGGUGCACCAGUUCUCCCGGGAUGCAGGCGUGGCCGAGGCGUGGCUGCUGGGUCAGGAGCCCUACCUGUCCAGCAGGGAGAUCGGCCAGAGUGUGGACGAGGUGGAGAAGCUCAUCAAACGCCACGAGGCCUUCGAGAAGUCGGCCGCCACCUGGGAGGAACGCUUUGCGGCACUGGAGAGGUUGACCACGAUGGAGUUGCUGGAAGUGAGAAGAAGGCAAGAGGAGGAAGAGAGGAAGAGACUACCCCCACCCACUGAGGCUCAGUCUGGCGAUGCUGCUGCACAGCACAGGGCAGGUGAGCCGGUGUCUCAGAACGGGCUGCCGUCCGACCAGGAGUCUCCCAGGGAUAAUGUUGAGGGCCAGGUGAAUGGGGAGCCCAGCCCCACAGGGUCGCCUGGGGCGUCUCGCAAGGGCAAGGCCAGCCAGGCGGCGACGCUGCCGGCCAGAACCGGGCAGGACGCUCCCACGUCCCAGCUGGAGGGCUUCCUGCACCGCAAGCAUGAGUGGGAGGGCCACAACAAAAAGGCUUCAAACAGGUCGUGGCACAACGUGUACUGUGUGAUCAACCAGCAGGAGAUGGGAUUCUACAAGGACCAGAAGAGCGCCAGUCAGGGUAUCCCCUACCACAGCGAGAUUCCCAUUAGCCUGAAGGACGCCAUCUGCGAGGUGGCACUGGACUACAAGAAGAAGAAACACGUCUUCAAGCUGAAGGUCACUGACGGGAAUGAGUAUCUGUUCCAAGCCAAAGAUGACGAGGAGAUGAACACAUGGAUCUCGGCCAUCUCUGCAGCCGUGUCGGGCGACAAGUCUGAGAUCACGCCCGGCAGCCAUAGCACGCCCGCUCCUGCCACACGUGCUCAGACGCUCCCGGCCUCCGUGGCCCCAGCAAGAGCCCAGGGCAAACGAGAGAAAGACAAGGAGAAACGCUUCAGUCUGUUCAGCAAGAAGAAAUAGAUGUUCCUCCCCCUCCUCCUCCUCCUCCUUCCUUUUUCUCCUCCUUCCCUCUGGUGCUGUUUGGGUUCAUUCAUCAUUAUCGAUCCAUCCUUGUCAGUUGAUGAGAUUUUUGAUUCGGACUCGGCUUAUAGCAACCGCUUGCUGUCAUAACUCGUCAAAGCUAUUACAACAACUGUCCUAAAGAUAACACAUUCACUGGCUAAUUAAAUAUAAAUGUAAUAAAUCUGUAAAUGUCAUAAAUUGCCUGAUGAGGUAAUAAGUCAAACUUAGAACACUGUAGUUUGGUGAGGAAAAACAAACUUCAUCACCAAACAAUCUGGGCACGUCUCCAGCAGUUGCAGCAUUAGCAGCUGCUGUCAGAUAAAGUCUCAAACAGCCUCUCCUCCCCUUCUUCUUUCCUCCUCUUCCUCUCAAAGUGUGACUCCAGCAUGCAAGCUCCGAGCCAAAACUCUCCACUCUGUGCCUAUCAACCACCCGGUCUGGCUCAGAGCUGCAGUACAGCUACCUGUACAACACACAACCGGUGUCCUCUCUUCAGUUUUUGUAAGAUAAGCAGCAGGAAAACCGAAUAAUAGCAGGUCUAAAUGAAGGAGCAAAAUGAAGAGUGGUGUCUGCAACGCUUCAGGCAGCUGUCAUAGAAAUAGAAGCCAGAGUUUGCUGCUGAACAACAGCACGAUGCAGAGGAGUUCCCACAAUAUUCCAGUUUAUUAUUCUGAUCGCUAUGAGUUGUGUUUUCUAUUUCCUGCCGUUUGCUUUUUCUUCUCUGUUUCCUUCUCUCCCUCCCGGCUUUUCGUCGGCUACUGCCUUUUGUGGGUCGUGUUUACGCUCCUCAGCCGUCUCAGUUCCUUGUUUGACUUUUGAGAAGUUGUAGGUAGUUCCUGUUAGGGCCCCUCCUCAGUUUUUGCGAGGCCUUGUCUUUGCAAGAUGACGUGUAUCCCUCUGUAGUGGGGAGACUGAGACCACAGCGGGGUAAACCUCUGAAAUUACACCUCUCACCAGUUUGUAGUUUGACCUGAAUCAAGUAGAAACGCACAGAAUCGUGGUCACUGAAACGCCUCAGAAAUACAACUUUAAAAAGACGACAUGUUUGGGAAUCUAAGCAGCAUUUUGUGCACUGAAGAACUAUACAUUUCCAUUGGUGAAUUAACUGUAAUAAACCAGUGUAAGAUAAAUAAUCACCACUGGCUUCUGUUAAAUGUAGGUGCUGUCUAAUUCCUGCAGCACCACAGGAAGUGGCUGUAAUUUGGAGCGUUACCCUGCAGUGCUUUGAACUGUAUGUAUAACUUGUGUAUAACAAACUGUUAAGAAAUAAACCUGUGUUUAAUUUUACCUACUAUUACUACUAAGACCUACCAAACAUACAGUAAUAAGCUUCAUCUGACUAACUUUCUUCAGCUGAAAACCUAACGAUAUGUAACCAAUCUGAAUGAAGGCUCAGUGGGGGGGUAGGUGAGACCAAUAAGAAUGUUUGUUAGCUCAAACUUUAAAGCCCUCACUAAGGUUUAUUUUCUACUCUUUAUGUUUUAGAAUCAUUUACUUAUGCCCAUAGUUAUUUGCAGUAUGUUUUGGUUUCCUCCACUAUGUAUUUUCUGCUCCACCAUUAAGCUGUUUAAGGUUUAUUUAGUCUGACAAGUACGGAGACGUAGAUGUACUUUAAAACAAACUUACUUUAAGCCUUGGUGUUAAGUGGACGAGUUGGUUCUAUAAAGCGAUUACUGGAAGUGAGUAAAGUUGCAGAAUAAUGGCUGCUUGCUUGUUGGCUUCAGCGCUCCAUUUUUAAGAUUUGACUGCCAAUGACCUCGCAGUGAAGUCCGCUGAGUUACUGGGUGCUUUUCCUGCAGAAGUUCUUUAAUGACAAAGUUCGCACAAGACUUGUGCGCUGUCAUCGAGGUUUGAGAGUGUGCAGAGACAUUUGUAAGACUGUUUUUCAGAGCAGGCUUUUGGUUUCUAUAAAUGUUGUGCGACUACAUUAUGUGAACAGCCUUCCCAUCUCGUGUUCUCUGAUUUGCCGCUUUAGUUUCAGCAGGUUGUUUACCUUGCGUGCCAAAACCUGAACCACUUUAAUUUUUCCAUGUGACGCAACAGCACCUCCUAAUACCAAAAUGUCUGAGCUGGUUUGAGCGAUUUAGGCGCUAAUGUGCAUCACAGGUCAACCGGUUCUCUUUUGAUUUGGCCAACAUUUAAACAUAAGUUUGUUGCUCGACUAAUAUCAGAUUUUCACCAGGUCUGAUAACUGGCCUAGUUAGGCGGUCUAGUUUUUGCACGAAUGACCAGGCUUUAUACUCAGGGAGUAAACCUCUGAGCCCGAAGUCGACCUGGUCUGUGGAAGCAUGUUUCCACACUAAAUAAAAUCCAAACACGCAGAAGAGCUGUCAGAAAAGGUGAGCUUAGCAUUCAGCCUGAAUGUGCAACAAACCCCCCCAAAAAUGCAUGCUUUUUUUGUGCACUUGUAAUUUUGUCAUUAAUUAACUUCUAUAUCCACCAGAAAUGGUGGAAGCAAAAUGGGGGGGUAGACACUUCAAGUAUCUGGAAAACUCUUCACUUGAUGAUUUGCCCCAACAUGGUUCUUGCUUAUAUUUGCUUUUUGCCACCUCCACUGGCGAUUUGAUAAAUAGUGUGCAUUCCUCUGUCACUGUAACCAUAGUAACGAGCUAUUUCUUCAUGCUGCACAACCAAUGAUGCCACAGUAGGCUGGGUUGUUAGGUGAAGUAGUCAGUGUGAUGUGGACCGGGGGUCACUGCUAGUUGGAUCUGCACCUGUAGACUUCUCCCCAUCUCUGUUACAUAUGUGCAAAAAGCCAUUAAAACGCUUUUAAAAUGAA